AUGUUCAUUGGAGAUAUCCUCCAUCGCAAUCCUAUACUCGAAACUAUUGAUUUCAACAAGAUCCUACAUUUCAUCCAACUCGCCAGCGAGCUACGAUUCGACAUCGCCAACGUCGAAGACGGCAGGGUCAACACCGAGGCAGACAUCGCGCCUCGAUAUAUGCCAAUUGUUCAGCAAGGGUUCAUCGCACGUACCGUCGGUAUUCGACUACAGCUGAUCCCCGUUCUAUGGCGGGCAUUCAAGGACUUCAUUUGGACGAAGCGAAGACCAGCUGAGGAGCAGCAGCAGCUGCUACAAGACUUUGAGGAUGGAGGCUGGAGUAUUGGCAUAACGAUGCAUGUACUCGCACCUCCCAGUCGGAAGUGCACAAACGUUCACUGCGAGCGCAAGAAUCUCGAGAUGCGUGCCCAAGAUAAGCAGGUGCGCGACGCCGUCGUCUUUACUAGAGACCAUGGCCCUCAAGCAGCCAAGGCUAUCCUUCUCACAUGUCCAGCCUGCAAAACAUGCUACAGGGACAACUACUGCGUCCAUAGCAAGUCAGACACGCGUACCUACUACUUCGACCUUCCCGAGUUCAUUCAAGUAGGAGAUCAUCAUUUCGUCGAGACAUCAAUGGCCAAGGAUUGGACCGAUAGCAUGGUCGUCAGCCAUACAUCUGCGACAAAUCUUGCUACUGUGUAUGAGCUAUCACGCACUCGAGACCUCGACCUUUACUAUUCCCGCCCACGAAUAUCGCACCGCGACGCACGUCUACCUUACAGCGGUAUACUCACCUCCGAACAAGUGUGGCACACCUUUGUUAUUCUUGCUCUCCUUCGCAGCCACCGGGUCCGCCGUGUCCCGCUUUCAGUCCCUCACGAUGGCAGCCAGCGAGCGCGAUUCGAAGACGCGAUGAAGCAGCAGAACGAACGCGUUAUCAAGCACGGCCAACCCGAGAUUACCCACUACUGCGACGCGUGCAUGCGCAUUUUUGCUAGAGUUAAUGAGGAUGGUGAACGCGACUUCUAUAAAACUCAGGUCGUCGUCGCAGAUGGCUUGACGAUUGGCCAUCCCUGUUGCAAGGAGUUUCGCUGUCCCGACCCACUUCAGCACGCUCACGACCACUUUUGCGAGCAGCACUACGGAUUGCACAACAUAUGCUAUGUUACCAACUGCAAGCGGUCGUGCACGCCCACCGCAACAACGUCAAAAACCUGUCAGUUAGAGGAACAUCAAGAGAUGGAACGCCAGAGCCGCGAGCGAACCACGGCAAUGUUCGCACUUAGUCGCAGGCGCGAGGCCCAAAAGAAACUCGCUCGAACUGCAGACUCGACCGCCCCCACUGCUGCCGACUUCGAGUUUGACGACGCCGAGGAGUGGUUUGAGGUCGACGGUGCUGGACAGCUCUCCCAGCACAUUGAUAGCCACCCGGUAAACAUUGGCGUCUCUGACGAGGUUGCUUCGCAGGAUCAGCGGGCAUGUCCGGGCAAGACCCCUCGUGCUCGCAAAAUUCUACUAUCCCGGCGUCGUACCGCCUGCGAGGUCACUUUUGUCAGGCCAUGUGGUGUCAUUGUCGGACGGGGCACCAUGUUCGGUGCAGAAGCUGUAUCUAAUGUUCUUGACAUGGGGGAAGUCUUGUUCUCCGUCCCUGGCGCUCAGAAACCGGAGCAUUUUAUAUACGACACCGCAUGUGACGCCCACCGACAAGCUAGGAACCGCGAGAGCGAUUUCUGGAAGUCUGUCGGGAUGUGCGUCGACGUUUGGCACCUCAAGAACAAGCACAAGACCACUCAUACGUACUGUCGCGACCACUGCAACCCGGCCGAUUAUCCUGAGCUCAAGACGGCCGACGGAAAAGGGUGGUAUUUUAACACGUCCAUCGCAGAGCAGGUGAACGUCUGGCUGGGCGGGUACCAGGCCAUCGUGCGGGAGAUGCUCCCCACGAAGUAUAACUUUUUUCUAGAUGAGAUGGUUCGCCUCAGAAAUAUUAACACGCUUGAGUCUCUCAAGCGUAAGCAUCUCGUCCCUACUUACUAUCCUGUCGGAUCAUAA